AUGGACCCUCCCAGAAAUAGAAAACAACGACGCGCCGCUGCAGCCGCUGAUUCUUUCGAUCCCUCCUCUGUCCCGCUCGCCCACCCGCCGCGAGAUACCGCGUCGAAUGGCCAGAAAAACGAGAGAACACUGGUGGAUAUAAUCGCGGAACGAAAAGAAAGCCUCCUGUCCACUGAAGGGAUCGCAAACUCAACAGAUGCGAAGGCUGGCCCGAGGACGCGAUUCGUGACUGUCGACCCGUCAACGGGGGAGAUAUCGGGGUUCGAUCCAAAUGUCCAAGGAGACAAAGGAACUGGCCAAGAGAAGGACGAAAGCGAAAGCCAGGGUGUCGAGGAACCACUGCCUGUAUUCCUCGAUACAGUCCUGCUCUCGUUCCCUCUGACGACUCUCCAUUUGACACUGGCAUACCUCGCGGCCCAUCAAUAUGCGGUCGAGAUCCCGGUUUCCAAUCUCCUCCGGGAAUCAGCAUUCAUCACGUUUCCCAUCCUAACACUCCUCAUCCACCUGGCCCAUGGCCACAUCAUCUCAUUCGGUCACCUUACGACGAUGAACGACGAACCCUCGCUCUUCCCUCUCACACCGGAGAAACGAUCAAUAUCCUUCCUCCGGCGAUUGAUAUUCCCGCCAUCGCUCAAGACGCUUGCUUUCCUGCCGCUGGCUGUUUUCCUAGGUGUCAAGUUGAUGACUAUCACGAAUAAUGCGCCGUAUUAUGCUGUGAUGAAACGUGCACCGGCUAUCGGGACGUUAUGGGUAUGGUGUAUUCUGGAGGUUCCGCUGGGAGCAUCGUUACUGGGAGCUUUGGGGCCGCUGGGAUGGGGCGUUUGGUAUAAGGGAUAUGGCAUUUUUUAG